GCAAUCGAGUGGUGCCCUAGGCUGAUAGUGGAACUUGAAGUCCAAGGGUCAAGCCCUCUUGGUGGAUGCUUGUUAUAUUUUUUUCAUUGAUAAUUAGUUAGGAAUCCCAUAUCGGAUUUUGAGAGGAAACAUGAUCCAAAGGAUGCCUAUAAAAGCCAUCCUCACUUAAGGCAAAGGCAUCAUCUGGGUUCAAGACUCAACCCAUAAAAUUGUGGGGGUGGGUGUGGGCUUUGUCGUAAUAAGAUAAGGCCCAACAUGGGCUUUAGCCCAAAACAUUUAAACCCAAUGGAACCCUUCCAUGUUUGCAAAAUAAGGGGGAUAACUUGAAUUGCUCGGUUCGUUUAGAAUCGUCCGGUUCCAUCGGGUCAGCGGUCCGACCGUUGGUUUAGGCGGUUCGAUACUGGUUAGUACUUAAACGGUUUAAUAGAGCAAACCGGACUGGAAAUGCGACCGAUUGAGGGUUGGACCGGCCGGUCCAGUCCGGUUUUUAAAACAUUGAUAAAAACCACCAAAGCAGUGGAAAAAGAAUUGCAAGAAAGAACACCCCCCACUCCCUAGCUAAAAGCCAAGGUCAGAGGAGCAACCCAACACACACCCUUAACGGGUUCCCACCCAACCAAUAAAAUCAACUAAGGUCGAGGGAUCAUCUUUUAUAGACAAUUUCGUCUCUGACCAAAGAAAAUAUACAAACGAAUGCUUAAGCCUUUGAAUAGACAAUUCUUCUUCCUCAAAGGCAAUUUUGUUCCUUACCUUUCAAAUCAUCCAAAAAAGACACAAAUGACUUGCUCUCCAAACACCCUUCCUCUUUUUUCCCACAAAAGACCCAUUCCACCCCAAAAGCGUCUCCUUAACAGUGGCUGGCAGCACCCACAGCACACCGAACAUAGAGAAAAGCAACGCCCAAAGAGUCUUUGUCUUUACACAGUGGAGGAGAAUGUGAUCUAUUGAUUCUUCAUGCCUUUGACAUAGGUAGCAUCUGUUCACUAGAGCCCAUCCUCUCUUUUGAAGUUGAUCCAAGGUAAGAGCCUUUUCCAAGUUGCUUCCUACCCAAAAAAACUCACUCUAGGCUGCACAUAGACUUUCCAAAUGGCCGACGAAGGGAAAGAGGCUGGAGGGCCUGAUACUAAUGAUUUGUAAAGAGACUUAACUGAAAACUUCCCACAUUUAGUCUCUCUCCAAAUCACCCUAUCAUCCACUGCUUGCUGAACUCUCUUCCCGUUUAAGGCCAGAAAAAAUAUGCAAACCUCAUCCAGCUCCCAGUCAUUUAAUAGUUUAGAAAAAAGCGGGCUCCAAUUCCCCCCACUUUCAUUGCUACACUACACAUCUUUAACCCAAGCAUCCUUGAAAACAACCAAAGCAAAUAAGGAGGGAAAAGAAACACAAAGAGGUUCGUUCCCACACCAAAAAUCUUUCCAGAAUUUUACCCUUUGCCCAUUCCCCACAACAAAAAAUAACCUACUUCUUACAACAUCCCAAUCCUUCCUGAGAGAUUUCCACAACCCCACACCAUACCCCCCCUUUACUUCCUUAGAACACCAUCCCCUUUGUUCCUCUCCAUACUUUCUCUUAAUCACUUGAUUCCAAAAAGCCUCUCUCAAUAGCAAAUCUCCAAUUCCACUUACACAAGAGAGCCUUAUUGAGGAUAGAAAGACACUUUACCCCCAACCCCCAAUUACUCUUCUCAAGGCAAACCAAGCUCCACCGAACAAGAUGAGGCUUCUUUUCAAGGGCCCCACCUCCCCUAAAAAAAUCCCUCUGAAUCUGCUCUAACCUCAAUCUAACUUUUCUGGGCAUAGAGAACAUAGACAUAUAGUAAAUGGGCAUACUCGCCAACGUACUCUGAAUCAACGUGAUCCUACCUUCUUUGGAAAUGUAUUGGCUCUUCCAUCUAGCCAAUUUCUUCCUCAUUCUCUCUUUCACUCCAUCCCAAAUAGUCAGCGAUCUAUGAGGCGCACCUAAUGGCAAUCCCAAAUAAGUGGUCGGAAGACUUCCAACCUUGUACCCAAGAGUUGCAGCCAACUCCUCCGCAUUUUCGACACUACCUACCGAAAUUAGCUCACUCUUGUCCAAAUUAAUUCUCAAACCUGACAUGACCUCAAACCACAUUAAAAUCUAACUUAAAUACAACAAUUGCUCCUUGGAAGCCCCACAGAAAACCAAAGUGUCAUCAGCAAACAGUAGGUGAGACACCUGAACCCCCUCACCACCCCUACUCCUCUCCUUGCAAGCUACCACAAAACCCCCACCUACUACACUCCUUAAGAGACUACUAAAAACUUCCAUAAUUAUUACAAAAAGGUACGGAGAAAGAGGAUCUCCCUGCCUUAAACCUCUGGAGCUUUGAAAGAAUCUUGAAGAAGACCCAUUGGCCAAACAGAAAAACUGGUUGUGGAGAUGCACUACUGCACCCACCUGAUCCAUUUCUCCCCAAAACCCAUCAUGCUCAUGAAAACAAGAAGGACCAUUCCACAUGAUCAUACGCCUUUUCUAUAUCCAGUUUACACAUCACCGCCUCUUCAUUGCUCUUUAAUAUUGCGUCUAUAACCUCAUUAGCAACAAGGACAACAUCCAGAAUUUGCCUUCCUUCCAUAAACGCAUUUUGAGCCUUAGAGACCACCUUUCCCACCACCAUCUUUAAUCGAUUAGCUAGAACUUUAGCCAACCACUUAUACAGUCCUCCCACCAAACUAAUAGGCCUGUAAUCCCUUAAAUCUUCUGUUCCCCCUUUCUUUGGAAUCAAAACAAUGAAAGUUGCAUUCAGACUUCUAACAAACCGACCAUGAUUAUGAAACUCCCUAAAAAACCCCAUGAUCUCCUCAUUCACAAAAUCCUAAGAAGCUUGUCAAAAAGCCAUAGUAAAUCCAUCAGGCCCAGACGCUUUAUCCCCACAAAAUCCCUUAAGAGUUUCCAACAUCUCUUGCUCCGAAAACGGCUCCUCCAGCCUAGUUGCAACCACAGGCUCCAACCUCUUAAAAGACAUCCCCCUAAUGCAAGGUCUCCAACCUUCAACAGUAGACAACAAUAAUUUAAACUCAUUCAUCACCCCAUUUCUAACCUCAUUCUCCUCUGUUAACCAAGAGCCAUUUAUUUUGACCCGGGAUAACAAGUUCCUCCUUCUGUGAGCAUUAGCUAUCUUAAAGAAGAAACUAGUGUUCCUGUCCCCCUCUCUCAACCUAACUUCCCUUGAUUUUUGUCUCCACGAAAUUUCUUCCAAUAAAACCCACUUUUUAAAAUCCUCCUUUGCUCCACUCCUUGCAUCCACCUCUUGAACAGAAAGAGGUUGGGUUAAUUCUACUUUGUCCUAGAAAUCCACUUGAUUCAAGGCCAUAGCCUUCCACUUUACCAAAUUCCAAUCUAUUCUAGUCUUUUAACAGCGGCUUCAGAGCUUUCAAUUUAGCUGCCAACACAAAGCUAGCAGACCCACUAAAAUUGAGCCCUACCCACCACGCCUGCACUUUUUCCUUAAAACCCUUUUCCUUCAACCACAUAUUUUCAAACCUAAAAGGCAUCAGACCUCCCCUCAGUCCUCCCCCAUCUAAAAGAAUUGGGAAAUGAUCCGAAACAGGCUUAGGCAGGACACUCUGCACUGCCCAGAAAAAUGCUCCUCCCACUCAUUCGAGACCAGAAACCGAUCAAUUCUUGAAUGAGAUUGAUUAUUUAACCCACCCUUCCAAGUGAAAGAGCCUCCCUGCAAAGGCAGAUCCCUCAACUCUAAAUCCUCAAUAAUCUCUGAAAAUCUCUUCAUUGAAUAAGUUAAUCUACCUCUCCUACUGCUUUCCUCAGGAACCUCACCACAUUAAAAUCACUUGCCACGCACUAAGGUCCACCCCAUAACCCUCUCACCGCACCUAAUUAAGCCUAACAAACCUCCCUCUCUUCCUUCAGCGUAGGCCCAUAGACCCAGAGAAAUUCCAACAAAAAUCAUCCUCACAACUUUUGAAUCUGCAUGACAUCGAAAAAGUCCCCACUUCCGCUUCCAAUAAAUGUAACACCCUCUUAUCCCAGAACACCAACACGCCACUAGAAGCUCCCCUCGAGUUUAGGGCCUUCCAAUCCAGACAUCUUCUCACGCUAAGGCUUCUGACUAUCAUCCUUGACAUCUCUUGCAUCUUAGUCUCCUGUAAGCACACCAAAUCCACCUUUUGUCCCUUAGUCAACGCCUCAAUCACCUUUCUUUUCUCACAAUCAUUAGCCCCUCUAACAUUCCACAAUAAAAUUCUUAAUUUCAUAUCACCAACCUCGAAAAUUCCCUCUCAACUCCUAGAACCACCAAAACCCCAACUUCAGUUAUCAGUCUGAAGUACUCCCGCACUUCUCCCAACACCACAGUAAUUCACUGAGCUCUCCAAUUUUUUCAAUUCUCUCUCUGAUCUAGAGACCUUUUGAAACUUCCUUCUUUUUCUUGCCGCAACACCCUUAAGAUUUUUCCUUGCUUCCAUUUUUCUCAACAGCUUCAAAAUUUCCCCCUCAAACCCCUCAGUAGGCAUACCCAGACAUCGGCAAAAUUCACAAAAUUACCAUUCAUCCACGAACCCAAAACACUUUUGUCUUCCUCCUCUAAAACUUUUUCCACAACUUUUGUCGGCAUCUCUCCCCCCUCAAACUCCGUGACUCCCUUCUCCAGAACAAACGGAGCUUCGCUCUCCCUCCCAUCUGCCUAAAUAACCCUCAAGGGGUCAACCGACCCCUCUCCGUUCACAAAAGAGGGCCCCUCGAGCACCACCAGUUCCCGAUUAGCAACAAACACCUCUUUUUUCCCCCACAGAAAGAAGAAGAAGAAGAAGAAGAAGAAGAAGGAUGUUGACUCCCAAAGCUAAGAAAAGAGAAGGUUUCAGAAUGGGGGUACCUGGAAGCUUCCUCCAAGAGGGCCUCAUUUGCUCCAUUCUUCUCUUUUACUACAACCAACGGCAUAGCACCGACGAUGGCCUCAACGAGUCUCGACUCCACACAUGAAGAAAUAGGAGCCCUAACUCUCUUUAAUCCUUCAACGUUAUCCAAUUGGGCCAAGCCUUCUUGACAAAUGGGCUGGCCUGAAACCCUAAGCCCACUGUCCUCUAAACCCCCCGAAGAAAGACGAUGGCCCUUUUGGGCCAAGGACUCCCUCAAGCCCACAGACUGUUGACAGACCUCGUGGGCUCCUAACAACUUAAUGUUUCCCCUCUUAACUGACUCAGCCCAAUGUGCACUAAGCCCAUUUCCUUUCCCUUUUAAAACCACACCCUCUGAACCAUCUCCAGACACCUCAACUACUCCCUUCCCCUUCCCAUCAUUUCCUUCACUUGCCUCGGUACCCCCCGCAAUACCCAAGCCAUACUCAAUAGAAACAACUCCAACCUGCUCAACUUUGUCUUCCUCAAUUGCUCUCACUGCUCCUUGUAUCCCCGAAUGUCCCACGCUGCUUCCCACGUGUGAAUCCAUGCAUCCUUCGUCACCCUUCGACCACCCCCUUCCUUGCGUCGGCACCGCCACCGAGACCCAAGGUGGCACUUCCCACCAUAACUGGAUUGUGAAGCAUAAUGAACCCACCACCACAUGUAACGACCUGGGUAAAUUCUUCCCAUCCGUCUUCACUAAAAGCCUAGCCCAUUGAAGCUGUGUGAAAUUAGUUGUGUCACCAUCUACAACAACCAACCCUCCACAACUAUCCCCCAAUUUGUUGAACACCUCCUGGUUCUUGAAAUUUAGAGGAAGCCCCACCGCCCUCACCCAGCAUUGAUCUGCAUGAACUCUAGGCUGGAAACAACAUGCUUCGGGUCCCCAUCUCUCUAGAUGAAGAAUCCUGUCUUGGAAGCGUCGAUUCCUCCUUCGCAACACUCUUUUAGCUUCCUCUGCAACCUCAAAUUCUGCAAGAAAAAAGCCUCCUCCCAGAAAUGAAAAACACACUCCCCAUUUCAAAUUCCAUAACCUUCUCCCCCAAGUCCUUAAACAAUCUAAAUCCAGACGCCGGCCAGCCUCUGCUUCCCACUUUCCCACAAGACAAUGCCCUAAUUGCUCCUCCCUGCUUCUCAAAGCUCUCCCCCCAAGUUGAAGCCACACUGCAUCCUCUAUCCUUCCCGCCUUUGCCUUUGCUACUUCAACAAAAGACCGAUUUUUCUCCUCUUCCUCCGCCUGUGCUUCACCUCUCUUUCUUUCCUUGGCACCUACAAUGUCUAAACCCACCUUGUCUUCAGAAUGUAGAGCAACAGCUAGAGAACGAAGCUUGUCUGCUAGCAGAACCCACACCCCUAAUAUCCCUCUUCCCUUUGGAAACACCAAACUGAACACUUUUUUAAAAAUAAGUAUAACUCCAUUAGAGUUUAAAUUGGCCUAAUAAAAGGAAAUAAAGACCAAUUUACCCUUAUUCCUAAAAAGAAAGAGAAUAAUUCUAAUAUAUUAACUAAAUAAAUAAUUAACUCUUAACACUUCUUACUCCUAAUCAUGGAAUUGCCUUAAAAAGCAAGGGCUCUAGUGUCCCCUCUCCUUGAGUUGCUCCCACCUCCUAUUCACAAGUCACAAGUCUUUAAACUAGCUAUCACAAAUAAGGCAAGGAGUCUCUCAAAGAAGAGUCACUACACCAUCUAUCUAACCAAAACUUUACUCUCUUUUAAUCCCCUACAAUAAAGUGAGCGUUACUUAUAAAAAUCUCCCAUUUGUUCUUAAUUUUCUUCCAUAUUCCCACAUUGAAAGCUUCCCUUAGCACAUUAAAGCAUUGAACUCCCCCUUCGCUCCCAAACUUCCCACUAAUAACUCACUUACAUAGAGGCCUCCUUUUUGAGGCAAAACUCUAAUUCUACUUGCCCAAAAGAACAACGUUGAGAAGAAAAAAAUUCUAAUACCAAGCCCCCAUUUUUUCUUAGGCAUACAUAUUAUAGACCAGUCGGCUAAAUAAGUUUUCCUUCCGAUAGCUCCACCUCCUCAUAUUGGAUUUUUUCAAGUCUUCAACUUACCUUUCUUGAAAUUACCAAUAAGGACAUGCCACAGACUAAUAGGCGAGAUAGAGUGCUUUUCAUCAAGAUGGGCAACCCUCUUUCAAAAAAUAUUGUUUCCUCCGUAGGGCAAACCUUUUCUGAAAUUUCUCCUCCACCACAUCCCACAUUGUUGUCGGCUUGAAAAGAGCACCCAAAGGUAGGCUCAAAUAUGCGAAAGGAAACUUCCCUACCCAACAACCCAAUUUAGAAGCCAACUCCAAAUUAUCCUCCCUCCCAACUAGGGGAAGCUCACUUUUCUCCAUAUUGAUCUUCAACCCAUAAAUCAUAUCUAAUCACAUAAGAGUCCAAUUCAUAUACUAGUUGCUCUCAGCUUGCCUCAAAAAAAUGAUGUCGUCAUCAACAUAUAUAGCAAGUGAGUCAUCUCAACUCCCUUAAGGAAGUAAGAGUCUCUUUACUAGGAAUUUGGACUCUAAUAUGAUCAAAAUCACUAUAUAAACCAGCUAAGAAGUAAAAAAAUUCUUCUUUGAAUAAACUCCUGAUACAUGGUCGCAUCUUUGCCCACUCCAUUUGUACAUUCUGAUAUUGAUCUAAUUAAAGCCAUAACCCUCGUAUGAUAUUGUAGUAUUUAGGCAUUGAAAGAUUACCAUAUUGGAUAUUAUGAGUUCUAGUAUUUAAUUUAAAAAAAUGACACAUUUUUAACCUUUGAAUAAGUCCAACAAAUGGCUUCCCAAAUCUCCCUUGCUGCAGAGAGGAACAUAUAAGUUCUGUUGAUCUUCAGCUGCAUUGAGUUUCAUAACUAAAACAUUAUUUGGCCAUCUUCCUUAUCGCAAGCAUUGAAUUUGGGUCAUCCUUACUCAUCUCUAGCUCGGGUAAAUGACUCAAUUUCCCUUUCCUUUUAGGUACAUUUUUACGAACUGUGACUGAUUUAGAUUAUUACCUCCAUUUAGUUUAAAUGUGGCUGAAAUACUUGGAGUUUUCCUGGGAUUGAGAUUGGUUUUGAGCGUUUGUGGUUGUUUAGGUAGUAGUGGAAGAGGCAUCAAAUUUUUCUGUCAUCUUGGGUUGAUUGGAGAUAGGAUGAGAUUACUGUUGUGGGAAGGAUAAAAUUUAGUUUGUUUUUUCUUCAGACUUGGCUCUACAACCAAAUAAAAAAUGGGUUUCAAAUCAACCCCUUGAAUGAACACCAACAAUGAAGGUUGGAAUACUGAACAAUUCCAGCAAUUAAGGCUGGAAAAAAUUGGGAUUAACAUUGGCAGUUGGGGCUGGUCAAUGGAAGAAAAAGAGGCUACUGUGCACAAAGCUUGGAUACUAUGAAAACAAAAAAUGAUUUCUGAAGAAUACUUGUACAUUCAUGGAAUAUAUUUACAACCUAUUUAUAAUGUUUACAAUUGAGAAAGAAAAAGAAAUUAUUCUAUUCUAGGCUUAGAAUUAUUUUACUAAAUUAGUCACUAAUUAUAGGAAAUAAAUCAGCCCGCUAAUUAUAGAAAGUAAAUACGUCUGGUUAGUGGCUCACAAGAAGGUAAAUACUAACGACAUGCUACAAUUGAGAAGACCAUACAAAGCACUUAGUCCUGACAUUUGCAUGAUGUGCAUGAAGCAUGGAGAAACAGUAGAUCAUCUUUUUCUUCAUUGCUCUUUGACGAUGGGGUUGUGGCACAAAUUAUUUCAGUUAACAAAGACAGAUUGGGUCCCUCCUAGGAGCAUCUUUGAUAUGCUAUCUACCAAUUUUAAUGGUUUUGGAUCUUCUAAGAGAGACAUUGUUUUAUGGCAAGCUGCGUGCAUCGCUUUAAUAUGGGCGGUGUGGCAGGAAAGAAAUGCAAGGAUUUUUUAGGAUAAAGCAAGGAAUUCAGAGAACCUUUGGGACAUGAUUCAUUUCCUUGCUUCUCUUUGGGCUUUUUGUUCUAAGGUUUUUAAGGGGAUUCCCCUUAAUGUGAUACAUCUUGAUUCGUUAGUGGUGUGUAACUCCAAUGGGUUGGCCUAACCUAGAGCAGUUGUUUGUUUCUACUUUGUAUUUUCUCGCAUUUGUUUCCUUGUAGUUUUGUUUUUCUUUGGUGGGAGGAUUCCUCAUCCUUCUCUUGUACUUCCUUUUUAUCAAUAUAUUCCUUUGUUGUUUCCUAUCAAAAAAAUUAUAGAAAGUAAAUACCAAGUCAACCAUACAAAAAAAGGAACAAAGCUAAAUAAAAUCUCAGCCCAUACAGGCUGUACACUCCGAUAAUUACUACACAGAUUCUCCAAUGAAAACUCCUAGACAUCAUAACAAUUUCUUUAAGAAAACUCUUAGACAUGAUAAUUUUGCAAAGAAAUAAAAAAAGGGAAAAAAACUAUAUCAAGACUAAACAUUGGGUUUAAUUCAUUCUCAUAACCAAACAGAUGAAAGGAAUAAUUAUUCCUUUCCAGCAUUGUUUAUUUCCAGCUAUAGCUAUUCCUAUUCCAUUAGGAAUAACCACUGUGUACCAAAAAGUUAUUGGAGAAUUUAUGAAAAGCAUUACAUCUUAGCAUACAUUUAACUCUUUUUGUGGAGUUCUAUGUUGAUAUGAUAUCAGCAAUGGAAUUUGAGAAGAGUGGUGAUUACCUGGCUGUUGGAGAUCGAGGUGGUCGGGUUGUAGUAUUUGAAAGGAAGGAUGAGAAAGAUAGUUUAAAUCAGUGGCAUUCUCGAAAUGAGUUGGAGCAAUUGGAUUUUACUACCAUUCAGCAUCCCAUAUUUCAUUAUAAGACUGAAUUUCAGAGUCAUGAGCCCGAGUUUGAUUAUUUAAGGAGCUUGGAAAUUGAAGAGAAGAUUAACAAAGUAAGAUGGUGUGCAACACCCAACGAAUCACUAUUUAUUCUUUCAACAAAUGACAAGACAAUUAAACUGUGGAAGGUAAAGGAUCAUAAGCCGAAGAAAGUAAAAGAAUUGAACCCUAAUCCAUUCGUGCAUUCGGAGAAUGUGCUUUUGGCUGAAAGUAGUUUUGUGAGUGGGCAAGAUAAACCAUCUGUUGCUAAUGGUUAUGCUUUAGAGUGGACAGAAAAAAUAGAUAACAUGUCCCCAUCUCAAGACACGCAUGCAAAGAGAGCUAAUAUUGGAGAGACUGUCUCUGCAAGAUGUCGGAAGGUGUAUGCUCAUGCUCAUGAUUAUAAUAUUAAUUCUAUCUCAAAUAAUAGUGAUGGUGAGACAUUUGUUUCUGCGGACGACCUUAGGAUAAACUUGUGGAACCUGGAGAUCAGUGAUCAAUGUUUUAAUAUCAUUGACAUGAAACCAUCAAACAUGGAAGAUCUUACUGAGGUGAUAACAGCAGCUGAGUUCCAUCCAAUUCACUGUAAUCUGCUGGCAUAUAGCAGCUCAAGAGGUUUUAUUCGGCUAGUUGACUUGCGACAGUCAGCAAUAUGUGAUCACAAUGCAAGAAUAUUACAACAUGGAGAGUCCAGUGGGCUUAAAUCGUUUUUUACAGAAAUCGUCUCAUCUAUCUCAGACAUUAAGUUUGCAUCUGAUGGAAGGCAUCUCUUAAGUCGUGAUUACAUGAAUCUAAAGCUAUGGGAUAUACGCAUGGAGACUUCACCAGUUGCAAUUUUUAAGAUUCAUGAACAUCUUCGCCCUAAGUUAUGUGAUUUGUACAAUAAUGAUGCCAUUUUCGAUAAAUUUGAGUGCUGCUUAAGUGGAUAUGGACUUCAUUUUGCUACGGGAUCUUACAGUAAUCUUUUACGUAUUUUCUCCUAUGGAGUUGGAAGCGAAGAAGGAAUCACAAUGGAAGCUAGCAGAAAUCCUAACAGGAAGUCACAUCUCCAAGCUGCUCCAAAAGCUAGAAGGUCAUCAAUAAGCAACCUAACACGGGGAUUUAGCAGACAAGCAAAUGAAAAUUUGAGCUCAGGUAGUAAUGAGCUUUCUUGUAACUUGAGCUCCAAGCUGCUACAUCUGGCAUGGCAUCCAACAACAAAGUUCAUUGCUUGUGCUGCAGGGAAUAGCUUGUAUAUGUAUUAUGCCUAGCUCCCACAGGGUACCUCGUCUUUUUAUGCAUGAUCUCAUGCACAAUUUGGUUAGAACAGAACCUCAAAGAACAAUGAUCUAGAGGGUUCUGUUGAUGUCUCAAUUUAAAAUUGUGUUUGUGCUCUUGUUUAUUAAUCUAAUUAAAGGUUGUUAUUUGGUA